AUGAAGUCUCGACUCAUUAGAUGUAGACGUGCCCUACAAUCAAUCUAUCUAUCUAUAUAUAUAUAUAUAUAUAUAUAUAUAUAUAUUGCAGUCUCGUUUUUUCAUUCUUUCUUUCCCUCAAUUUGUUCAUCUCCCUCUCUCUCUCUCUCUCUCUUUGUCUCACUCUUUCAAUAUCUAUCUACGUGCCCUACUAUCUAUCUAUCUAUCUAUCUAUCUAUCUAUCUAUCUAUCUAUCUAUCUGUAUCUCUGUCUGUCUUUGUGUGUGUCUAUAUUUGUAUAUCUAUCUAUCUAUCUAUCUAUCUAUCUAUCUAUCUAUCUAUCUAUCUAUAUAUAUAUAUAUAUAUAUAUAUAUAUAUAUAUAUAUAUAUAUAUUGCAGUCUCGUUUUUUCAUUCUUUCUUUCCCCUGUUUGUUCAUCUCUUUCUCUCUCUCUCUCUCUCUUUGUCUCACUCUCUCAAUAUCUAUCUAUAUACGUGCCCUACUAUCUAUCUAUCUAUCUAUCUAUCUAUCUAUCUAUCUAUCUAUCUAUCUGUAUCUCUGUCUGUCUUUGUGUGUGUCUAUAUUUAUAUAUAUCUAUCUAUCUAUCUAUCUAUAUCUAUCUAUCUACGUGCCUAUCUACUAUCUAUCUAUCUAUCUAUCUAUCUAUCUAUCUAUCUGUAUCUCUGUCUGUCUUUGUGUGUGUCUAUAUUUGUAUAUCUAUCUAUCUAUCUAUCUAUCUAUCUAUCUAUCUAUCUAUCUAUCUAUAUAUAUAUAUAUAUAUAUAUAUAUAUAUAUAUUGCAGUCUCGUUUUUUCAUUCUUUCUUUCCCCCUGUUUGUUCAUCUCUUUCUCUCUCUCUCUCUCUUUGUCUCACUCUCUCAAUAUCUAUCUAUAUACGUGCCCUACUAUCUAUCUAUCUAUCUAUCUAUCUAUCUAUCUGUAUCUCUACGUGCCCUACUAUCUAUCUAUCUAUCUAUCUAUCUAUCUAUCUAUCUAUCUAUCUAUCUAUCUGUAUCUCUUCUCGUUUUUUCAUUCUUUCUUUCCCCCUGUUUGUUCAUCUCUUUCUCUCUCUCUCUCUCUCUUUGUCUCACUCUCUCAAUAUCUAUCAAUAUGUUUAUCUAUCACAGAAUUUUGA